UGCUAGCCUGAAGGAGUCCUUAUAAACCACUCAGACUAUGAGGGCCUCCUCAUCCACAACACGCGUCGCGAUGGCCUCCGUCGACAAAAUCGCCUCAGAGCACGGGUCGGCAUACCAGGAGAAGUCCCAGUCGAAUGCCGCCGUCCUUGACGAGCGUCGUCGCGCGGCCCUCGCCGAGAUCGAUAAUGCCCCCUUCUCGUGGUUCCACAUCAAAGUAUGCCUCGUGGCCGGCGUCGGCUUUUUUACGGAUGCAUAUGAUAUCUUCGCUAUUAACAUCGCUGCAACAAUGCUCGGUUAUGUCUAUGGCAAAAACGGGGCCUUGUCUACAUGGCAAAGUACCGGUGUCAAGGCUGCAACUCCCGUAGGAAACCUCGUCGGUCAGGUCGUGUUCGGUUGGCUUGCAGAUCGCCUCGGUCGUAAGCGCAUGUAUGGUGUCGAGCUCAUGAUUAUGAUCAUCGCGACCUUUGGUCAGGCUCUCUCGGGUCAAGCCCCAGCUGUAGGCAUCAUUGGUGCCCUCAUCGUAUGGCGGUUCAUCAUGGGUGUCGGUAUUGGUGGUGACUACCCACUCAGUGCCAUCAUCUCUUCCGAGUUUGCCGCCAUUCACAGUCGUGGUCGUCUUAUGACCGCCGUCUUCGCCUUCCAAGGCUGGGGCCAACUCGCAUCUGCUAUCGUCGGUCUCGUCGUCGUCUCAGCCUACAAAAGCGAAAUCCUCGAGUCAGCCUACCCCGCCGCCAAGCCAGUCGACUACUGUUGGCGUAUUCUUAUCGGUCUCGGUUGCGUUCCUGGUCUCGUUGCUCUCUAUUUCCGUCUUACCAUCCCCGAAACACCCCGUUUCACCAUGGAUAUCGAGCGCAAUGUCAUACAGGCUUCCAAGGACAUCGAGAACGUUAUCACAACCGGAACAUACGUCGUCGACGAGGACGCUCCCAUUCAACGCGUCAAGGCUCCCAGAGCUACUUGGCCCGACUUCCGUGCUUACUUCUCCCAUUGGCGAAACCUCAAAGUCAUCAUCGGCACUGCUUAUUCGUGGUUCGCUCUUGAUAUCGCUUUCUACGGCCUCGGUCUCAAUAACUCCGUCAUCCUGACGGCCAUCAACUUCGGAAACCCCACAACGACAAAGAACACUUCUCUUUACGUUUGGGAGAACCUUAAAAACAUUUGUGUUGGAAACCUCAUCCUUUCCGUCGCUGGUCUCAUUCCCGGAUACUGGGUAACUUUCCUUUUUAUUGAUACGUGGGGUCGCAAGCCCAUUCAAUUGAUGGGCUUCACCGUCCUUACCAUCCUCUUCGUCAUAAUGGGCUUCGCUUAUGACAAGCUCACGGAGAACCCUCAAGUCACCAAGGCAUUCGUCUUCCUUUAUUGCCUCACUAAUUUCUUCCAAAACUUCGGCCCCAACACCACCACCUUCAUUGUCCCCGGAGAGGCUUUCCCGACACGUUACCGUUCAACCGCACACGGUAUCUCUGCCGCAUCCGGUAAACUAGGUGCUGUCAUCGCCCAACUUGGAUUCGGGCAGCUCGUCAAUAUCGGCGGCACAAACAAAUUCGUGAAACACAUCAUGGAGAUAUUUGCUUUCUUCAUGUUGACGGGCAUCUUCUCGACUUUGCUUAUCCCCGAGACCAAGCAGAAGACGCUCGAAGACCUGUCGAACGAAGAACAGAGAGGGUACAUUACGGGCACUGCGGGGACGUCCUGAACACCCUCUUUUUUUUGUUAGGAGCUGUUUCACCGUCUGUAAGGGAUGGUAAAAUAGAUCUCUCUCUCUUCGGACGGUCUUCAAUCUUCAUAGGAAAUCCAAUUUAUGUUAAUAGCUGUACACCCUUUCUACUUCUUGGUAUAUUCCUCCUGCUCGUUCACAUUAACAAACGUGCCACCUUCUGUUGCUUAUGCAUAUCAAUCACAGCGUGUAAACGGAAGCGGUCGGGGGAGAUAAGCUAGCGAAGAUACACACAUGCAUGUUGAUGAGUGAAGAACUCUGCACAAUCUGCGGAAAAAUCAUCAUGCAAAACUAAUUACGCUCUGCAAUUUGGACCUUGUUAGAGUCCGGAACGUCUGUUGCUGAGGGGAAAGAUCAGUCAAACUACAGCCGCUAAUCAGACGAAUGGCUGUUGAAACGUUGCAGGACUGCGAUCCCC